AUGUUCCUAAUUGUCGUGACAUUGUUCACAACUGCUCCGCAAAAAUCGACGAAUAAGGCGGUUAUUAUUCAAAAUGCGAGAAGACAGGAUAAUGACGUCGGGACGACGGCAACAGGCCAGUACAAUUUUUGGAAAACUACCAUUGGAACGUUAUAUUUCACCUUGGGAUUUCUCGGAAUCGCCUUCAACCUUAUUGUUAUCUCGAUUCUCCCAGAGGUUCGCAAAUUCGUUGCGAGACCUCUAGCAAUUCUAGUGGCGAUUCAAUUGAUAUCAUCAAUACUUCAACUUUUUGCCGUGUUUGUUCCAGUUCCUUACAUGAUUGCUGUUGAAAAACCAUAUUUCAUUAAUGAGAUCAUGAUCAAUCUUCCCUCAUUUUUUCUCGUCAAUUUUCAAAUUGUCUCGUUUUUAAUGAUGAUGUUGAUUGCUGUAUUUAUUAAUCUCAAAACGAUGACACCCAAAAUUAGAAUCCGACGAUUCGACAUUUCAACUCUUGGCUGGAAUAUGACGGAUAUCGAAAAGCACACACUUAUUCGGCUUCUCAUAACGAUCUCUACUAUAUCACUCACUUCUUAUAUUAUUCUAUUAUGCCAUAUUAUUUAUAGGCGUUUAUUUACUGUCGCUGAAAGCGUUGAAGAGGGAGAGACGCAGAGGAAUUCGACGCCGUUGAAACGCUUCAUUCUGCAUUUCCUGUUCAGCUCGUUCCUCUUCUCCUCUUUAUUAUUCAAUGAUUCGCUUAUAUCGACAAUUCCUCUAUUUCUAAUCGCCUACUGGCCUCUGUUCUGCUCAAUCUUAUUCGAUAUUCAUGUUCGAUAUAUUCUCGUCCAUCGCGUUCGCGGCAUUUUUCAAGCACAAAACGCCAAUGCUCCGAUUAUAAUAAGAGCGAGAAAAAAUGAACCAAAACUUGCGAUUAUUUAA